AUGCAUGGAGGAGGAUUGUCACAUGGAAAGGAUAUACCUGAUAUUGCUGGGGACAAGAUAUAUGGCAUUAGAUCUUUUACCGUUCGAUUGGGCCAGCAGCGGGUCUUUUGGAUUUGUAUUUCGCUUCUUCAGAUGGCUUAUCUUGUUGCUUUGUCAGUGGGAGUAAUAUCAACCUGCAUCUGGAGCAAAUGGAUAACGGUUAUUGGUCAUACUGUGUUGGCUUCAUUACUUUGGAAUCGCGCCAAUUCAGUUGAUUUGAAGAGCAAGACUGCAAUAACAUCCUUUUACAUGUUCAUAUGGAAGCUCUUUUACGCGGAGUACCUGCUAAUACCUCUUGUGAGGUAA